UCUAGUACGAGUGGGUAUCACAAAUCAAUCCUCUCCCUAUAAUAAGUUCAUCUGCUCACAUCUCUCAUUCCUCUCCCUUUUCAGACGCUCAUAUCUGAUCCCAUCAAACAUUCAACAUGGCCGAAUCAGUCAACACUUCUGCUAAUCCUGCUCCAGGCCCUGGUGGAGCAGAAGCUCAAGUCAGCAGUACCGCCGCUGUUGAUGAUGCCAACAAGGUCUUCGCUGGUAACCUUGCUUUCUCCACAACUGAAGAUGAAUUAAAGUCCGUCUUUGCCGAAGCAGGAUCAGUUACUCACAUUCAAAUCAUCAAACGUGGUACACGUUCAUUGGGUUACGGUUUCGUUACCUUUGCCACUGAAGCUGAAGCACAAAAAGCUGUUUCCACUUUGGACAAAAAGGAGAUCGCCGGUCGUGAGAUCAACGUUGAAGGUGCAAAACCACAAUUGCUUGCCAAGCACAACGACUCCGGCAAUCAAACUGGUGAGAGUGGUGAAGGAAAGAGCAAAUCAGCCAACCGCCGUCGUAACAAGGCUGCUCGCGGUGGCCGUAACGGAGCUGCAUCAUCUCGUCGUCCUCGUACCGAUGAAGGUGAGGAAGGAACUGAAGAAGAUGUCAACGAAAACGGUGCCGGCAAGAAGACCACCAAUGGUGCCAAGCCAGCCCGUCAACCACGCAAGCCAAAGGGACCACCAGAAGGAGAACCAAGCAAGACCUUGUUGUUCGUUGCUAAUUUACCCUUCCGUUUCACUGAUGAGCAACUCAAAGAAGCUUUCAGCGGUUAUCAAGUAAAGACAGCAAAGGUUAUCAAGCGUUUCUAUGGCUCACGUACAAAGGGUUUCGGCUUCGUUGAUCUUGAGACUGAAGAGGAACAACAACGUGCCCUUAAGGAGGUCAAUGGUAAAACCGUUGAGGGCCGUGCAUUGUCCCUCAAGAUUGCCAUUCAAGGUGAAGAUCGCAAAGCUGCCAAAGAAGCCGAAGAAGCUGAGGGACAAGCUACUGCUUGAGUCAUUCAUAUCAAGUGAAACUGUCUCGUUUAAGUGACCAAACUUGAAUGCUCUGUUCUAAUCGAA